AUGCUGCUGAUUCUCCUGCUACUUCUUGGCGCCGUGCCAGUGAUUUUAGCGAAAGGCUGUCAACCUAUCACAAUCCCACUAUGCAAGGGUGUCGGUUAUAAUUUCACAUCGUUCCCCAACAGUUACGGUCAUGAAAAACAAGAAGAAGCCGGCCUAGAAGUUCAUCAGUUCUUCCCAUUGGUGGAGUAUGGUUGCUAUGAACAUCUGCGAUUCUUCCUGUGCACACUGUACACCCCUAUCUGCCAGGAAAACUAUGACAGACCGAUCCUUCCAUGUAUGGAGUUGUGCUUGGAGGCGAAGAAACGGUGCAGCCCAAUUAUGCAACAGUAUGGCUUCCGAUGGCCUGAAACAUUGUCGUGCGAAAGCCUGCCAACAAUGAGCGAGCAGGCGUCGUCCGGAAAUAUUUGCGCCGCACCACCGGACACACCAAAACAGACUAACACCAAGACGUCUUCCGGUCCUUCCGCUCCACGCCCUCAUGUCGGAAUAUCCGUUCAAGACCUACAAAAUCAAUGCGACUGUUCUUGUCAGCCACCGUUUCAAGUGGUCAACAAUCCUAAGGCCAUGGUCGGUAACGUCUCGCGAUGUUCUUAUCCAUGUGAAGCUCCAUCGUUGCAAAAUCCAGGGAAGAAAGAGCUUAUUUCUGGUUGGAUGGGUGUUUGGGCGUUCGCCUGCUUUUUCCUGUCCGCUUUCACGUUCCUGACGUUCCUGAUCGAGACCGACCGCUUUCAAUAUCCAGAAAGACCAAUUUUCAUGCUCGUCUUCUGUCAACUGAUGGUCGCGGUCGGCUUUAUCAUUCGAGUGUCAGUGGGACACGAACAGGUCGCAUGCGACUCCUACAAGAUUAAAGGCAUCGACGAAGGAAACGGCAGCCUUUGCUUUGUUGUUUUUCUGCUCACCUACUUCUUCGGAAUGGCCGCAUGCGUUUGGUGGAUUAUUCUUUCGUUAUCGUGGGUUCUGGCGGCUGCUUCGAAAUGGUCGAGUGAGGCGAUCGCCAGUUACUCGGCUCAUUUUCAUGCAGUCGGUUGGCUGCUUCCAGCUGCGCAGACAGUUGUUGUCCUGGUGUUCAACGCCAUCGACGGAGAUCCGGUAUCCGGAAUGUGCUAUGUAGGGAACACAGACGUUAGUCAUCUACGGAUGUUCGUUCUAGGUCCUAUGAUCAUUUACUUCUCUCUUGGAGUGCUAUUUCUUUUCGUAGGAUUCUUUAAUCUAUGGAGAAUCAGGAACGAGGUUCAAAAGCAGCAUCCAGGACUAUGUAAUGCGUCGAAGCUUACUAAUCUGAUGACAAAAAUUGGGACAUUUUCCGUGCUCUACACUCUUCCAGCGUUGUUCGUUAUUUUAUCGCUGUUUUAUGAACAGCAUCAUCGACCGCUAUGGGAACAAAGCAUCACGUGCACGUGUGCUAAUCGUAAGGCGAAUGCAGGUGACGCUUCAUUUAUGCUCUCAAUGGUGAAGUCAUUUUGUAUGUGUGUGAUGGGACUCACUAGUGGUGUCUGGGUAUGCAGUCGAAAGACAUUGAUUUCGUGGAAAAAUGUGAUAUGCUGUUUAGGAGCUUCUCGGUCCACCGCCAAAUAUCAACCGGCCGACGUACUAUACGCUAAAAGCGAUUUCUCAUCACCACAAUUCUACAACACGGCUAUGCGACAAAAUCAUCACUACGCUGGGAUUCCUAUAGCGGAGAAGCUAUAA